GCCCUAUGAUUUAUGCAGGAGCAGAGGCAGCACGCAAUCGAGCUGUCAAGAGAGCGUCAGCUUAUUAGGCAAAUGCUGCGUGGUUUCUGAAGAGGGUCGACGCUAUAAAAUCCCACUCCAGGCUCUGGUGUGGAGAAACUCAGAGCCCAAAUCGGUUGAGAGACUGGAGAGAAGGAGAAGAGAAGAAAAAGAGAGUGAAGACAGAAAGGAGAAAAGAAGAAAACCCUUGAAAAAGCCCCGGAGACUUUCCUCUGCAGAGAGGCGGCAGCGCCCCACUCACCUGCAGAAGCACCUCAGAAGCGAGCGCCCCUAACAUGCGGCUGCCGCUGCUCUUGUCCGCGGGCGUUCUGCUGGUGGCUUUCCUGCCCUGCCCGCCAUGCAGGGCCCUCCUCAGCCGGGGACCCAUCCCGGGCGCCCGGCAGGCCCCUCAGCAGCCCCAGCCCCUGGAUUUCUCCCAGCUGCCGCCGCAGCCCCAGCAGCCCCAACAGCCACAGGCUCGGCCCAUCCUGCUCCGCAUGGGAGAGGAAUAUUUCCUCCGCCUGGGUAACCUCAACAAGAGCCCCGCUGCUCCCCUCUUGCCCGCCUCUUCACCUGUCUCUGGCGGCAGCGGCAGCCGCCUUUCACCGGACGAAGCGGCCGCCAACUUUUUCCGAGCGUUGCUGCAGCAGCUGCCGCUGCCCCGGCGCCCGCUCCCGCUCGACAGCCCCGCAGGUCCAGCUGAGCACGGAGCCGAGAACGCCCUCGGCAGCCGCCAGGAGACACUCGAGAGGCAGAGGCGAUCCGAGGAACCUCCCAUCUCGCUGGAUCUCACCUUCCACCUCCUCCGAGAAGUCUUGGAAAUGGCCAGGGCUGAGCAGUUAGCGCAGCAAGCUCACAGCAACAGGAAACUGAUGGAGAUUAUUGGGAAAUAAAACUGUGCGUUUGGCCGAAAGGAUGCAGUAUUUAGCACGCAAAAAAAAUAAUAAAAAAAUCAAAUACAGUAUUCUGUACCAUAGCGUUGCUCUGAUACCAUUUAUUUUUUUUUUAUAGCUUGAAGCCUAGACGAUGUAUAGCAAGAGAGCCUAUACUCCUUAAUUAGCAUGCACAAAGUGUAUUCACACACAGUAACAGCAGCAAAAUGUUAUUUGUAUUGUCUACUUUUAGUUUCCAUUUCCAGGUGUCUUUAAUGGUGUUUAGAAAGUAUGGACCCAGAAUGAAAUGUUUUGAAGCAGGCAGAAGUCACUCAAUUUAUUUUGUUGUGGUCUGAGCCAAAGAGAGUGUCAUUCUCUUGGAUAGGUGAAACAAAAUCUGUAAGCUCUUUGAAUCAACCUUUCCUUGUAAACGUUUCAGUAAUAAAAACAUCUUACCAAUCAUUGGUCAAUUUGGUUGUGUAAGAGAAUGUCGAACAUUUAUAUUUUUAAUAAAAGCUGCAAAGGUAA